GGAAUAACUGCUUUUGAAUUAUAUAAAGUCGCAACGAGUGAUGUUGCACGCACUUCCGAUAUUUGGAAUAAAGCUAUGGGUGGAGGAAAUUCAAUUAGAGAAAAAGCUCUUGAAAGAAAUAGAAGCAAUUAAACCAAAAGCAAAUGUUCGCCCAAACCUACUAACUUCAGGGCCAGUUGGGUCCGGAAAAUCAUCAUUUAUCAGUGCCGUUUAUAGUAUUGGUGAAGGAUCAAAAGUACAACCGGCCCUACCAGGAAGUUCUGCAUCAAGUUUUACUGUUGAGUACAAGGGCUACACUCAAAACACACUACUUAAACAUUUCAUACUUCGAGAUACGAUGGGAUUGGAGGCAAGGGAUCAGGAUGGAUUUCACAUUGACGAUUUCGUGUAUUUAGUCAGGGGAAACAUAAAGAAUUCGUACACGUUUAACCCUGCCGCAUCAAUAACACCUGGCAACGCCGACUUCGUGGACUCCCCAAAACCAGACGCUGUUAUUCAUUGUGUCAUCUUUGUUAUCAGCGCAGUUGAUGUCUACAACAAUAUACCAGAGGGUUACAUCAGAAAAAUAGGCCAACUACAAGAAAAACUCCGAUUGGAGGGGGUUCCGAGGAUACUUAUUCUUACAAAGGCCGACUUGUUGUGCGAAAAAGUGAGAGAGGACACAAAAUUAUUGUUUUGGAGCGUUAAAGUGCAAAAGGCCGUCAAAAGGGCAAGCGAGAUAUUUCAAAUCGACCAAGCGUCUAUUCACCCUGUUGUUAAUUAUGAAGUCGAUUACACAUUGACUCCAGACAGGAACAUCCCACUGCUUCUUGCACUUAAACAGAGCAUGAAAUAUGCAGAAUGCCACAUGAGACAGGUUGAAGAUGAUGACGACAUACCCUAAUAAAAACAUGCCUUACCGACAAAAAAGUUACUGAAUCCAUUCGUUUACCCUAUGUUGUUUUAAUAUAAAAGUUGUUUGUAUAAAACAAAAGAAUGGAAACUUUAUGAUUUUUAUGUUUUGCAUAUCUCAUUCCAGAAUAUAAUGUGAACUAUCGUUCUGAUUCUUGAAUUACAAUAAUACCACAGUAACACAGUACUUUGGAGAGUGCGUGACACAGGUACAUAUGCGAUUUUUCAAGUUCCGCUUCCGCAUAUGGCAGUGUUGAUAAUUUUGUAAACAAAAAGUUAAAAUAUGGUACUACUAGUGCUUGAAUGCUUAAAUAUUGUAUUUUUAUACUUUUAAAAUGAGUGAAUAAUUGUUGAAAAUAU